AAUGAACGUCUCAAUUACCGGAGCGUCCGUCUGCUCUCGUCUCCUCCCUCGCUCGCCGUGUGACCCGCCCCCACCGGCGCAGUCAGCUCGUCCCAGAGGUGGCAGUCAGAGCGCGCGCGCGGUCACGUUGCGUCAGUGCGUGGCAUCUUCACAGUAAGAGGAGAGGGUUCAACGCUACAGAGCAGCUUCUGCUUUGUUUUGGAGAAGGUGGAGCUGCUGUUCACCUGAGUUAAAGCUCGGUCAGCCUGGAUUAUUGACCUGAUCAGCCAAUGGCGCUAACGGUGAACCUGAUUGGCCCUUCACCAUGGGGGUUUAGGAUAUUUGGAGGAAGGGACUUCAAGAAGGCCAUAACUAUAUCAAAGGUCAACGGGGGCAGCAAGGCAGAGCAAGCUGACCUGCAACCUGGUGACAUAAUCUUGGAAAUCAAUGGUGAAAACACAGCGGACAUGCUGAAUGUGGAGGCCCAGAACAAGAUUAAGAACUCCAAGACGCAUCUGGAGCUAGUGGUGGAGAGACCCGAGCCCUCCAGUCCUGGACAGACUAACGGCAUUAGCACUCCAGAACAGCUCACUGAACGCUUCCAGGAUGUGGUUGUAAUGAGGCAAGAUGAGAACCAGAACUACAGAGAUUACUCAGUCUCAAGCCCCACAUCACUGUAUUCACCAGAUUCUCCCAUCAGCCCCAACGGAAAGAGGGGAGGGCUGACUCCAACCAUCAACAAAAGUGUCCAGCUGCGGUCAUGGUCACCAGAAGAAAAAAGCAACCGGCUAUCCAGACCCCUGUCUCAGGAGUUCUCCAACUCAGAUUUCAGAAAUAACUCCUUCUCCAGCCGAACUCCGACCCCUCCAGGACGCGCCUCACCACAGAGUCCUAUCGACCGGGAUGUGCCCAUGUCCCCCAGACGAAGCAGUUCCAGUUCCGACUUUGCCAUGCAGAGAUUCGACAGGGACUCGGAGGUCUACAAGAUGAUUCAGGAGAACAAGGAGUCCCGCACGGCUCCUCGACAGUCCAACACCUUCAAAAUGCUGCAAGAAGUCCUGGAAGCUGACGAGAAAGAAGCAGCUCUGCGGUUUCCAGGAAAGCUUUCACCCAACCCACCAAAACCAGGAGGAGUCAGCAAAUAUCACACCUGUGAAAAGUGUGGCACCAGCAUUCAAAGCGAGGCAGUGCGCAUCACAGACGGCCACUACCGCCAUCCACAGUGCUACGUUUGCACAGAGUGUGGCCUUAGUCUUAAAAUGAGAGGUCACUUUUGGGUUAGAGAUGUGAUGUACUGCGAGAAGCACGCCAAAGAACGCUACCAGGGUCCCAGCAGCUCCCCUUAAGCAGCAAAACACCGUCACAUGCAAGCCUGACACUCCAUAUUUGCCGCUCUGUGGACGAGGAACGCCGUUUUUCUGCCUGAAGCUCUUCCUCCUCUGACUCAGUUAUUGACUUUGGAUGUUGCAUGGGGUUUGACAUUAGAGUAAUGAAUUUUUUAUCACAUUUAACCAUAUUUUGCAAUAUUGUGACAUACCUUCUUGCUUUAUUUGUAAAUGUAUGUUAUUUGUGGAUUUUUGCUACAAACAGCUUGGAUUUUAUGGACUUACUUGGUUAAUUAUCUCUUAAUAAUUCACAGCUUUGACUAAAAUCAUUCAUCCCACUGUAAUAAGGUCAUGUGACGUUUUGCUGAAGUGAACUCGUGAAGAGCUGACAGUGAGGAUCCCAAAGUAAAUGUAAUGCGGACACAAAAAGAUCACAUUCUAUCCUACUCUGCUGCAUACUGAACACAGACAGGUGUGUGUGUGGGUGUGUGUGGAUGCAUGCUUUUACAUGCAGGAGCGUGGUGCCUUGGGUAUAUUUUCCUUUAGUUGUUGUGAGCACAAGGACUUCAGAGAAAGGAAAAUAAAAAGAAUUGCUUUAGACUUGAGGGGUUUAUUCGAGUUGCAAUGGUUAAACCAAAAAUCUAAUGUUUGUAUUCUAAACUAAAUUUGAGUAAAAGUUGGUUUGUGUGGUGUGUGUUCUGUUCAGGGUCAGGCAGACGCCCCAGUGUGUCUCUGCUGCCCAAAGAUAAGAGGCAGGGUUCACCGUGGACAGAAUGCUGGGUGAACUAUCACACAAAUAAGCAAAUGUCUUCCCAGUCAAGCUGCAGAUUCUUUAGUGAAAAUCUUUCUAAACUGUGGAAAGAGACCUAAUUACACUGAGACAACCCGCCCAAGCCUGAGGAGAACUCACAAAGUCUAUUCACAAACUGUCUUGGUGUGAAGCAAUCCAGCAACAGUGCAGCCGAGCAGUCUACAGAUGAUUGGGGGGGUUGGUUCAGCCUAGAUUAGAUGUUUUGUAGUAUUUGAGGGACUGGAGAUUCAUUUAAUAUAAAAAUAUUUUUGUGAUGGGUAUUUUUUCUAUGCUGUAAAACAUAAAAUAAAUGAAAUAUGGACAUGAAAUUAAUGAAUUUAUUACCCAUUUGUGCAGAAACAACUUUACUCUGAGAAACACUUCAAUAUUUCAUGUUGCACUUAAUAAACAGCACAUGUUGAA